AGUUGCACAGGUUGAGCUGGAGCUGUUGUCACUUUGCAGAAAAGGGGAAACAAGCAGCCAGUCCGUGAAAGCACCGCGUAGUCUCUGCUGGUGUCCUCUUCAGACUGCAGCAUGAAGGAUUGCGCGUCAGAGAAUAAGAUGCGUUAAACUGCAGCGUUUACUCAGCUCGUCUCUACUUUUUUUUUUUCUUCUUCAACCCGAAUGUAAGCUGUGAAGCAACCAAAAAAAAAAAAAAAUCAUGGUCAUCAUAACAAAAGAAAGCUGGGUGCCCAACAGGAGGUCCGAUCAGAGCUUCGGAUCAUCAUUGUGGAUGAUGUGAAUGUGGACACACACACAGAAAGAGAAAGGGAACCGCCGUGCAGAGUUGCAGUGAACGACGGGAACAAGAAGCAAAGCAAAGCCGUGUGUGUGUGUGUGUGUGUGUGUGUGUGUGUGUUUUCAUAAGCGGAGCCUCGUCUGUGGGAGCUGGGAGUGGGGGAUGUCGGGCAGAAGUGGAGCAGCACCUCGGGGGUGCAGCAACCCCAGCCUGCAGCCCCUCAGAGCCACAGUCCCAUACCAACUCCAAAGGGGCUCAGCUCUCCUCUGCAGAGAGGUCAAGAUGGCUGACAGGACCGCAGCUCGCCCACCCAAACCCACCAUCCGCCGAACUCUUUCUUUGGAUGCCAUCGUUGGACCCUAUCUGCAGGGACAGUGGCCCAAAGAAGCAGAGAGCUUGGCUGUUACCUGUGUCAACGACAAAGCCACGCAGACUCCAAGUUCCUGGGCCGAAGAGACCCGAGGAAGGAGAAGUGGCAGCAGGCACAAGCGCUCAGCUUCGUGGGGCAGUGCAGAGCACCUGAGGGAGGUGGCAAAGCUGAGGCACCAGUUGCAGAAGCGCUCCCGUCAUGCCCCUCCCUCAGCAGGAUAUGAGCUUCCUCACCACCCCCUACCAGCAGGUCAUGCAGCAGGCAUCACUCAGACAACACCCAUGAUGCCAUUGAACAGACUCGCCCCGCGGCUGCGACGUAGUGUUGAAGGCCUAAACCUGGAGCUGGAGGAGGUGUUUGUUUCUGAGAAACCUGAUGAUCAGCAUGAUAUUUUGGAUAUCCCAGAUGGUCACAGGGCACCUGUUCCUGUCCAAAGAUGCAGCAGUGGCUCUCAGAGUGAGCCCUCCCCGGGCCCCUUGGAUCCUUCCCUCCUGUCUCCGUCUCAGUCCCCCUGUCCUUUAGACCCAUCACUUCUGUCACCUUCGAAUUCCCCUUGUCCACUGAACCCAUCUCUUUUGUCUCCAUCACAGUCUCCCUGUCCCAUGGGAGAGCCAGAGCCGGUUGACUGUGAGACCCUUUGUCCCUCUCCGUCGACAUCACUUCCCUCAUUUGCACUGGAUCCUCCUCUGCUGCAGCCCUGCUCCUCCUCUCCUCGUCCCAACAAAACCUGCUCCUUCCAGCGUCAGCCACCAGAAGGCUGCGAGCGAGUACGAGUAUGCGAGGAGGCAUCGUCUGUCUGUCAGGAUGAACCUCUCCUCCAGCCAUCCUGCCCUGACCCAAAUAAAGUCAACUUCACCCCCCAUGGAGGCUCCGCUUUCUGCCCCGUCAGUCUUCUGAAGCCCCUACUGCCCUCCAUGGACCUCCUCUUCCGCGGACUGUCAGUGUCUCCGGUCACCGGCUGCCCAGGUCAGGCCUCUCCCACCAGGCACCUGGGUAUGCAGUAGAGAAGGAUAACUGAGCAGAGCCUCUCAGGACUUAAACCACACUGCACUGGGCCGGCAACACAUAACCGUGGUUACCUGACUCAUCACUGCUGUAACAUGCCAUGAUCACUGUGAUCAAAAUAAGAGACUUUAUGACUGUAAGCCUUUUAUCAUCCUCUUCAUCAUACUCUCUAUCAUACUCUAGAUUAACUGCUUUACUGAUUAUUUCCACCUGCAGGAUGCUUGGAUUCCGCUGAUAUUUUACCUCAUCAGCACUUAAAUUGUCCCAGGAUUCCCCGUAUGGGCUAUGGAUUAGAAUACAGGACCGGAGUUCUGGAAAUGUUGAAAAAAGCUGGAAAGGUUGUAUAUUUGACUGAGUUUUUGACAUUGUUUUUUGAUCAAACUGUUUAUGGUUUUAGCGUCAGCAGUCAAAAACCCGAGCACUUAGAACACUUGCGCAUCACUCUCUUACUGUCCUUUACUAUUGAUUAAUAUCCUAGUAAAGAGUUGUUACAUUUAGAUGAACUUACAGCUUGAGACAACGUACUUGAUAGGUUUGUUCUUGACAUUUCUUAAAACCGGUCGGCUGAAGAGAAAUAUUUUUUCGGCCUAUAGUUUAUGUUGGCCUACUUUUCUACAGAUGUAUUUCUAGGAAGAUGUUUAUUUUUGUAUCUUUGUAACGAGUUACAAACGAGGCUUGUGAUACUGUUUUUGUUCUCACUGAAGAAAUCAAACCUGUAUUUCCGUUUAUACUUUGGUGAUUUAUAAGCAGGAAUGGAUGUUUUAUUAGCUUUACUUGCCUACAGCAGGCGUCGUUCGAACUGUUGCAAUGUUCUCAAAAUGAGUUGGUGUUUGAUCUGAGACUCUUUUGCAGCAUUAAAGCUUUUCGAUAUCACUUUGAUAUUGAAGAGGUAGAUUCCCUCUGCUCGAGUUGAUGUUCAAAUGGAUAACACACUGCCUUCGUCACCAUGAUCCUAUGCAACGCUGAUUCAAAACAUACUCUACAGUGAAAAUAAUAAGCUGAUACAUUUAAUAUUUGUCAGCCCUGUCUUCAUACAUGUUCAGGAUGAUAACAAUCAAAGAUGUUUAGUGUGUUGUUGCCAUUGAGGAGAAUAAAAUAACCAAACUGUC